GAUCAAUUGAGAAAGCUGGAGACACUAUGAAGCUUGCUGUUAUUGGUGCACACGGUAAGGUUGGCUCACUGCUUUGUAAAAGAGCCAACGGCACGUUUGAUGUGACAGCCUUUGUUCGAAGCCCUGCGGAGUUCGACGAGGGCAUCAAUGUCUCCUUGGACAUUGACAUUACAAACACGCCCUUAUCCAAGAUCACGGAGGCGUUGAAGGGGUUCGAUGCUGUUGUCUUCACGGCCGGUGCUGGUGGCAAGGGCCUGGACCUGACGCUGAGCGUGGACCUUGACGGUGCCGUCAAGGUGGCUGAGGCUGUCCAGGCCAACGGCAUCAAGAGAUUCAUCCUGGUGAGUGCUCUAAAGACGUUUGAGCGAGAGUUCUGGUGGGAUUCUUUCUUGAGAUCGUAUUACAUUGCUAAGAAGUAUGCAGACGAGGUGAUCAUCAAGAUGGACGUCAACUACACCAUCCUCCAGCCAGGGAUGUUGGUUGAUACCGCAGGAACAGGCAAGAUCAUGGAUCCUACAAAGGUGGACGCCUAUGCGGAUGAAAUCACCAUGAAGCAGUCUGACAAGCUGUCCAUACCAAGAGACGACGUUGCCCAGGUCAUCGUUGAGUGCCUCAACAACGAUGCCACCAUCAGAAAGAUCAUUCCCUUGAUCUCCGGUGGCAUUCAGAUCAAAGAUGCCUUGGCUCUGGUGGGCUGAGUGUCCACCCAACACAGCUCAUACAGAGCCCUUCACUCCAUUCAAGCUAUUAUAUAUAUCUCAAUACGUUAUCACUACAUGCAAUCAAUGUCAGUAUACAAUACAAGGAAGAGAGAAGAAGACAUGUCCAUUAAAAAACUAUCAAAUUUAAUAAUUUCAACAGAAAACUCAUAGAUACAUCAUCCUCGCUCCAUUCCACUAAUCUCUCGAGGAAACUAGACUUAGUCGUGCUUCAAGAGCUGCUCGAAUUGACCCUUGGAUGGCUUGGCAGC